AGCCUGGAGCGCAGCCCCGCAAGCCCAGAGCAGCUCCCGCCGCCGCCCCGCGAGGAUCGCUCCGCGCACCCCCGCUCCCAGCAUGGCCGAGGCGACGGCAGCCCCCGGCGAGACGCCCACCGUGCCCGGCGAGUACGGCGAGUACCACAACCUGUCGGAGCUGUUCCACCUCCUCAACUACACCUACACGGCCUGCGAGUUCAACCUGGACGAGAACGCCAAGCGCGUGGCCGUCUUCGUGCUCUACCUGGCCAUCUUCGUGGUGGGGCUGGUGGAGAACCUCCUCGUGGUCUGGGUGAACUGGCAGACGCGCGGCGGCCGGAGCCUGGUGAACGUCUACGCCCUGCACAUGGCCAUCGCCGAUCUCGGCGUGCUGCUCUCGCUGCCCGUCUGGAUGCUGGAGGUGAUGCUGGACUACACCUGGCUCUGGGGCAGCUUCCUCUGCCGCUUCACGCACUACUUCUACUUCGCCAACAUGUACGCCAGCAUCUUCCUCCUCACCUGCCUGAGCGUGGACCGCUACGUGUCGCUGCGCGGCUCCUCGCCCUUCUGGCACCGGCACCAGCACCGCGGGCGCCGCGUCGUCUGCGCCUGCGUCUGGGUGCUGGCGGCGGCCAUCCCCUUCGUGGAGGUGUCCCACAUGCAGCUGGUGAACACCGGGGACCCCGUCUGCAUCUUCAUGGCCCCCUUCGAGACCUACGACGAGUGGGCGCUGGCGGUCAGCUUGGCCACCACCGCCGUGGGCUUCCUCAUCCCGUUCCCCAUCAUCGCCGUGUUCAACGUGCUGACGGCGCGGCUCGUCCGCCGCUCCAAGCCGGAGGCCGGGAGGCACCGCCUGCUCAUCUACGCCUACAUCGCCGCCUUCCUGCUCAGCUGGCUGCCUUUCCACGUCCUGCUCACGCUCCUCACCCUCGACGGCACCCACAUCAUCCUGCACUGCUCCUUCGCCCACUUCCUCUACUUCUUCUACGACGUCAUCGACUGCCUCACGCUGCUGCACUGCGUCCUCAACCCCAUCCUCUACAACUUCCUCAGCAAGGGCUUCCGCAGCCGGCUCAUCUCGGCCGUGGUCAGGUACGUCCCCAAGGACGCGGGCGCGCAGAAGGGCGCAGAGGGCUCCUCCUCCUCCACGCAGCACUCCGUCGUCAUCGCCAAGGACGGCGGUGCGCCCAGCUAAAGGGGAGCGGGGUGCCCACCCGAGGCGGGCACGGGGCCGGGCAGCUCCCCCAGGGCACCGCCAUCGAGCGGGCGCUUCGCUUUCCGCUCAUCCGCCCGCCGCGCUCUGAAGUCGAGGGCUGCGCAGC